UGAAGAUAAACAGACGCGCACGAUGCAGGCAGUUGAGGUUCUCAACGUUACGGAUUAUUUAGCUAAAGAUACAUUCAUUUAGACGGAAAGCUGCUGUGUAAACUAUAUUCUUCUGUGUAUGUAAGACUCAAAGGAUAUCCAGACAAGCAUACACUGUCAGGAUGGUGUCGUACAAGCGGCUGAACCCUGAAGAUGUUCAGUUUUCCAAUGCAGCUUUGUCAGAAGAGCCUCGUCCUGUCCAUGAAGAAGUCCCAGUGCCGGAGCCAGAGGAAGCCUCCUUGCUUCCACAGAGGCCGGCAUGCUCUGUCACCACAGGUUUCCUUGUGAUUGGCUGCCUGUUGCUGCUCCUCUGUGGAGGCUGGCUACUGGGUACCAUGUUCUGGUUGCACCGACCGUCCACGCAGCAGCCACAUAGACCCCCGUCACCGGCCCCUGCACAAACACCAGACUCUCGAGUAGAGACACUAGUAAACGACACUGUGGCUGCUUCCCGCCGUGAGGCUUGCAGUUUAAUCCCUGAGGCGUGGAGGUUUGACUGCUACCCUGAAAGAGGGGUGGUUGUGACCCGAGAGUUGUGUGAGGCAAGAAACUGUUGCUUUAUCCCUGCAUCCUCCCCCUCGUCCUCUGCCACUCGCCCAUCAGGGAGAAAUGGUAUCCCUUGGUGUUUCUAUCCCCAGGAUUUCCCCUCUUACUCGCUUGUGUCAAUAAACGACACAGUGCUGGGACAGAAAGGUACACUCGUAAGGGAGGUGAAGACCUACUACCCAGCAGAUAUUCUCUCUCUAGAGGUGGAGAUACGUUAUGAGACAGACACACGGCUACGAGUCAGGAUUACAGACCCCUCCAGUUCACGAUUUGAGGUUCCAAUUUCUGUUCCCGCUGCCACCAAGAAGGCCAAAAGUCCAGCCUACAAAGUAGAGCUUUCAAAGGAGCCAUUUGGGCUCAUUGUGAAGAGGAGCUCCACAGGUGCAGUGCUUCUGAACACCACAGCGGCUCCUCUCUUCUAUGCGGAUCAGUUUCUCCAGUUAUCCACCGCCCUGCCCAGUCAGUUCAUUUAUGGGCUGGGCGAGCACCGCUCCACUUUCCUGCACGAUGUCCACUGGAACACACUCACCAUGUGGGCCAGAGAUGUGCCUCCUAUGGAACAGACAAACUUAUAUGGAGCUCAUCCAUUUUACCUGGCGAUGGAGGAUGGAGGGAACGCACACGGCGUCUUCCUGCUGAACAGCAACGCAAUGGAUGUGAUCCUCCAGCCCGCCCCAGCGCUCACCUGGCGUACUAUUGGAGGAAUCCUUGAUUUUUAUGUUUUCCUUGGUCCUGACCCUGCUGCAGUGAUUGAACAGUAUGUGGAAGUCAUAGGCUACCCAGCGAUGCCCAUCUACUGGGCUUUAGGCUACCACCUCUGUCGCUGGGGUUACAACACCAGUGACUCUACCUGGGAGGUUGUCAAGAGCUUGAGGAAUUAUGGGAUACCCCAGGAUGUCCAGUGGAAUGAUAUUGACUACAUGGACCAAUUUAUGGACUUCACUUAUGACUCAGCAAAGUUCGCCACACUGCCUGAUCUAGUCAAGGACCUGCACGCUCAUGACCAGCGCUACGUCAUAAUCCUGGACCCAGGUAUCAGCAGCUCUCAGCCUGAGGGCUCAUACUGGCCGUAUGAUGAAGGGCUGAGGAGGGAUGUUUUUAUUAAAGAUGCGGAAGGAAAAACACUUAUUGGGAAGGUGUGGCCUGGUCUGACGGCAUAUCCUGACUUCUCUGAUGAUGUGACUCAUGAAUGGUGGUACGACAACCUUAAGAGGUUCCAUGAGAAGGUGCCAUUUGAUGGACUAUGGAUUGACAUGAACGAACCGUCAAAUUUCCUGGAUGGGUCCACCAAGGGCUGUCCAUCAAACAGUCUUGAAAAUCCUCCUUACACACCCGGAGUACUUGGAGGUUUGCUGAGAGGCAAAACUGUGUGUGCCACUGCACAGCAAAAACAGUCUAUACACUAUAACAUGCACAGCCUCUAUGGACUUAUGGAAGCUAAGGCGUCUGCAAGUGCUCUGAAGCGGAUCUUGGCAAAGAGACCUUUUGUAAUCUCUCGCUCCACCUUCCCCAGUCAGGGGAUGUAUUCAGGUCACUGGCUGGGAGACAACAGGAGCCAGUGGAAAGACCUGUACACUUCUAUAGCAGGUAUGUUGACCUUUAACCUUCUGGGCAUCCCGUUGGUGGGAGCAGAUAUCUGUGGCUUCAGCGAGGAGCCGCAGGAGGAACUGUGUGUCCGCUGGACGCAGCUGGGAGCUUUCUAUCCCUUUACACGAAACCACAAUGCCAUCGACAUGAAGUCUCAAGACCCAACAGCGUUCAGCCCUCAGGCUCGUACAGCCAUGAAGCAGGCUUUGCUGCUGCGUUAUUCUCUCUUCCCCGUCCUCUACACUCUCUUCCAUCAUGCACAUGUACACGGACACGGUGUCGCACGGCCGAUAAUGUUUGAGUUCCCAGAAGAUGUAAAAACCUAUGGAAUUGACAAACAGUUCCUGUGGGGGAAGAGUUUAUUGGUGACACCAGUAUUGGAUCCUGGAGUCACCUAUGUGGAUGGUUACUUCCCAGAGGGUCUGUGGUAUGACUACUACACGGGUGACUCUCUGCGCAGCAAGGGCGAAGACGUUCAACUCCAGGCACCCCUAGAUAAGAUCAACCUGCAUUUGCGUGAGGGCUCUGUUAUUCCAACACAGGCCCCCAACCUGACCCUGUGGGUAAGCAGCGGUCAGCCUCUCCAUCUGGUCUCAGCUCUCUCUGACGAUGGCUCAGCCAGUGGAGAUCUGUUCUGGGAUGACGGAGAGACCAUUGACACCUACGAGAACAAUCUGUACGCCUACAUCAUCUUCAAUGUCUCACAGAAUGUGAUGACAUCACAGGUGCUCCAUAGCAACGUGGAGGCCACUUACAUCACAGUCGAGACGGCCUCCUUCUAUGGUGUGAAGCAACCGCCAAGCAGAGUGCUGGUGAACUCCCAAGAUGCAGCGUUCACCUACAGAACCAACCAGGUGUUAACAGUUGCAGAUCUUGGUCUCAACCUCAGUCAGAACUUCACCAUCAGCUGGCUGUACUGAAUCAGACACUCUUUAAUCGUUGGUUUUAUUUUCUGUUGGCGGUCGAAGACACAAGCUGGCACAAAGUGCAGUCUGUGAGUGUUAGGACAGUGAUGUUUUGGCUCUGUACGCCAGAACAUUAAAGGGAACACUAACUGAGGUUUAAGUGCUAAACUUCACAUUUGUAACAGGUGAACAGCAGGGCUGGGGAUCAGUAGUUGAUAACUUGAGAUAUCGACUGAAAUAACCUAGUGCGAAGUUGUAUCAAAACCUAUAGUCAAACAAUACCUGCAUUCGAUCCUUUUUGUACUCAGAUCUAGAAAAAAAUAUGACCGUUUUUUUCCACAACAAUUCACCACAAGCGUUGUUAAAUGUAAUGCAACGUGUGAUUGCCCCACUACCGUGGCGUCUACAUCCCAUACAGUACAUGGUGUGGUGAAGUCGAGCAAGCAUUUGACAGAGUUGUCAGUUCAGCAUGCUGGGAUGCCACCCAAACAUUUGAAAGCAUGGCAAUACUACACACCUGUGGCAUCUAACAAAAUAAGAUGUGUAAAAUGUGGAAGGAUAAUUUCAAACAAGGUACUCUGUUGGUAUCUGUAUCACUUUAAAGGUGUUGGUGUUGGUACUGGUAUUGUAAUUUUUUAAACAAUACUCAGCUUUAGUGGACAGUGUAGGACUUGUAGACCUUUUUGUUUGAGUGGGCUCUACAUAAAAAAAGUGCUACAAUUCCAAAUAGUUCACCUGAUGUGUUUGCAAACACUCAAAUUAAAGCUGAGAGUUAGCACUUUAACCUCAAAGUCAUUGUUUCAUUUCAUAGCUAAUGUGCUGGAGUACAGAGACAAAACAAUCUGUCCGUCUGUCCAAAAAGAUGAACAGAUAAACAAGUACUGGAGUGAGUGAGGUCAAGUUAGUGUUAAUUAUAUUUACAGUGCGGCGUUUCAAACAAUGGACAAAAAACCCCAUGAAGGUUUUUUAGACAAUACACAACCACUGGCCUACAGUAGUCUGGACACUGCUUUAAUUUUCUGUGUGGAAAAUCUAAUUUAAUGGCUGAUAACUUAUCACUGUACCGUCAUCUGAUUCACACAAAAAUCGUGGCAGUUUCAUCUUUAGUUCAGUUCGUAGAUCAAAUCUGCAUUUUUUAAAAUUCUCUAGCAGAAAGAUUCUGUGCAAUAAGUGAAAGAGGAUGAUCUACCUUUUUAAACUUGAGUCUGAAUAUAGUUGAUUUAAUAUGUUGUUUGUGCUUAAAUGCUGUUUACAGCCUACUUUUGCACUAAAUAGUGCUGCAGUAUUAUAAAGGUAGAUACAGGUGCCUUAUGAUUCCUGUUUGUGUUUGGGAGCGUCACUGGGUUUGUUGUUCCAGAUGAUCCUUUGUUCAGCUUUAUAUUGUAAGCCUGUUUUCAAUGCUGAUGACCAUAGAACUGCUAUGCACGUUGAUUACUUUAAUGCAUAACUAUGGUAUACUAGACCAGCCAUACGUGUCGUGCAAUCAUUUCACUGUGAACUGUCUGGUUGUCUGACACCUCUAAAGGCAGAAUGCUACUAAAACCUGAAGCCAGAUGCUUUUCUGGAGCUGGUUGAGGGAAGUUUCCAAGAUCAGCAAGGUUCAUUCUGCUUAAAUUUGACCUUGAUGCUGUGAAAAUUUUGAUUUGAAUUUAUAGCCUUUCUCACAGAAAACCAACUGUGACAAGCUUGCACCUUCUCAAAGCCAAUUGUUGAUGCAUGUGUGCUGUAAAGCAGACUACCUGAACAUUUGUCAGCAUGUAAAGACAUCGAAACAGAGUAGAUUUUACUGUCAUUUGUGUUAAAGUAUCUGAAAUUGUGACUAAAAAUUUGCUGUAUUUUAUCAUGAAGCCUUGUGUUGGAAUUUUUGUGUAAUUGCUUUAAUUGAAUUAUAUGAACAAUGUGAAAACUACUGGAGUGCUACUGUCUUUUUUCUGUUUUAUGACGGACGUCUUCUGGGGCAACAAAACAAAGAAUUGCAUUGAUCUGAAUGUGUUGUCACCUUAAAGAUAUACUAAGCAGGAUUGUGGGUUAUUGUUUGUAAAGGCGGUCAGUGAAAGUAAAAGCUAAUCCCAAAUCAA